AUGCAGGCCAGAGGAGGGGGAGAGGAGGAAGGGAGAGCAGGAGAUACGUGCUAUCAGGAGAGGAUCGUUGUGUGCGGCGGAGGGAUCAACGGAGCGAGCAUCGCGUACAUGCUUGCAAAGAAGGGCAAGCGUCCGUUGCUCAUCGACCGGGAAUGGGAGGAGCGGGGCAGGCAUACGUUCGACCAUCUCGACUGUGUGAUGGGGCUGAUCCCAUCAGACUGGUACAGGGAGCGAUACCUCGAGAACGCCUCCACCAGGACCUUCUCCCUCCAUCAUGCAUGGCAGGCUGAGCUGGAGGCCCUCGGUCUGGGGUACGGAGGAAUGAGCAACGCAACGAUCCUCGAGCCUAUCACGCACACUGUGAGCAAGAUGCUCUUCGACAAGGAGCGAGCUCUCUUUCUGAAGCUCUACAACGAGACAGAUGCUGAUCCCUCCGAGUUCUUCCCCAGCACUGAGGAGAUCUGCCGGAGGUUCCCCUGGCUGAGCCCUGAGUUUGUCUUUGGAGCAUACUACGUCAACACUCAAGACACGGCGAAGAGGGCGUCUCCUCGGGAGCUGAGAAACAGCUUGCUGCUGGCGGCGAUUGAGCUCGGGGCUGAAGUUCGAACGGAGAACGUGACGAGGGUUGAGGUAGUCGACGCUAACACCACGCAACAGAAGUUCAGAGUGGUGACGGAUAGAAGCGAGUUGCUCGCGGACAAGAUCGUGCUUGCCAUGGGCCCUUGGGCAAAGGAAGCAUGCAGCCAAUGGUUUGACAUCGACAUCCCCUUGCAGACCUGCAUUGCAUAUGCGUCCGUCCUCCGCGCGACACCUUUCGAUGACCCUGAGGAUCCUUGCUGUGUGAAGACUCUUGUUCCAUGGCAGAAGGAUGCGGAUUUUCCGGAUGACUACGAGCUCAUCGUGGUUCCGAGGAACGGCAGCAUGACCUGGCUCGGGGACGUGGCUGAUGACGUGGACCCUUCGACCCUAACGGAUCCGCGAAAGUGGGCCGAACACUUUGAGCUGAGCGCGAAACAUGCUCGUGCCCUCCUGUCGGGGGCAGUGGAUCUGAUCCCGAGCCUCCGCGAUGCUGAGAUCAUACAUGCCGGGAUCAAGUUCAGCGGGCUGGUCAAGGACCGGAGGUGA